CAGUACUCAACAACAACGACAACAACACGCUGCGUGUUGCGAGAAAGUGAUUUUUGUUUUUGUUAACAUUUUAAAUGCGCUAUAGUGUUAUAUAACGAUCUAAAAUGCAACGGCAAAAUCCCUCGAAUCAGCAACAACAGCUGCAACAGCACCAGCAGCUGCAGCAACAACAGCAGCAGCAGCAAUUCAUGCAGCAAACGCAUCAAACAACAAUGCAAAGCCAUCAAGAAAUGCAUCAGCAACAAAGGAUCAGCCGCACUGAACAUCACGUUCAGAGGAGUCAAGUUACCACUCACCAAAGAGUGGAACAACAUGGCGGCACCUAUGUACCACCAGGUAUUACACACGUCUAUUCGCAAGGCGACAUCUCACCACCGGUAUUCGAAGAAAUCUUCAAGAAUGCUCGCUUCGCUCAAGGCGGCAACGCCUUGUUCGAAGGCAAGCUUCGUGGCAAUCCCAAGCCAUUUGUAACUUGGACUCGAAAAGGCGCACCACUUCUCGAAUCGCAAAAGUUCCGCAUGAAUUAUAACGAAGCCACCGGUGAGGUAUCGUUGCUCAUCAAUCAAAUCGGACCUGGCGACGAGGGUGAAUACACCUGUACCGCUCGCAAUCAAUAUGGCGAGGCUAUAUGCAGUGUCUACAUUCAACCCGAAGGCGCUCCACCAAUACAACCCAUCCAGAAGUUCGAAAAGAACUUGUACACCAAUGGUUAUUCAUUUACCUCGGUUGAGGAGGAGUUCCGUGUCGAUACCUUUGAGUAUAGACUUUUGCGUGAGGUAUCCUUCAGGGAGGCCAUUACACGUCGUGCCACCUAUGAACAAGACUAUCAUCUAAGUCAGGAAGUGGAUCGCAGCAUGGGUCCCGCUCAUGCUCCACAAAUUGCCCAGAAGCCUCGUAACUCGAAACUUGUUGAGGGUUCUGAUGCUGUAUUCACUGCCAAGGUGGGCUCCAAUCCUAAGCCCCGCCUUACCUGGUUCCACAACGGCCAACGUUUGGUACAAUCUGCCAAAUAUGACAUCUCCUAUUCCAGCGGCACAGCCACUAUUCGCAUUAAGCAGGCCACUCACAAGGAUGCUGGUCAUUACACUUUGUUGGCUGAAAAUACUCAAGGCUGUGUUGUGUCUUCAGCUGUCUUGGCCGUUGAACCGGCCGCCGAAUCGGCCCACGAACCCAAGCCAGUGGAUACCACCGCUGAACAAUUGGAAGCUGGCAAGGCUUUGCCUCCCACCUUUGUUAAGGCCUUCAUGGAUCGUGAGAUCACCGAGGGUCGCAUGACCCGUUUCGAUUGCCGCGUCACUGGCAAUCCCUAUCCUGAGGUCUACUGGUUCAUCAACGGUCGCCAGGUCUAUGAUGAUGCCACGCACAAAAUUCUCGUCAACGAAUCUGGUAGUCAUUCUCUGAUGAUUACCAAUGUCAGCCGCACUGAUGCUGGCACUGUCCAAUGCUUGGCUCGCAACAAGGCUGGUGAAAUCGCCAUCGAAGCCCAGUUAAAUGUGCUCGAGAUGGAGCAAGUUGUCGCACCACAAUUUGUCCAACGCUUCAGUACUAUGACUGUGCGCGAAGGCGAGCCCAUCACCAUGAGCGCCAACGCCAUUGGAACUCCAAUGCCACGCAUCACCUGGCAAAAGGAUGGCGUCCAAAUCACCUCCACCGCUGAUCGUUUCAUUGGCAUUGAUGGCGGUGCCACUUGUUUGGAGAUACCACGCGUCAAAGCAUCCGACGCUGGCUGGUACCAAUGUACUGCACAAAAUGCUGCCGGCUCAACAGCAAAUCGUGCCCGACUCUAUGUAGAAGUUCCCAGAGAACAACCACCAACAGAACAAAGACGUCUGAAUUUACCAAGACCUACGAAGAUCAUCGAACCAGAGCCUCAACCUGGUCCAGAAGUUAUUUAUUUGCGUCAUGUUGAACGCGCCAAGCCCCAGAGGCGUCCCGGUGAGGAAGAACGUGUCUAUCCACCACCACAAUUUAUUGUACCCUUGCAAAAUGUCCAGCAAGUUGAGGGUUCCAAAGUGCAUAUGGAAGCUCGCAUUGAACCUGUCGGAGAUCCAACUAUGGUAGUUGAGUGGUACCUUAAUGGCCGUCCGAUGGCUGCAAGUUCCCGUGCCACUUCCGUUUUCAAAUUCGGCUUCAUUGCUCUGGAUUUGUUGAGCGUCAUGCCUCAUGACUCUGGAGAGUAUUUGUGUCGCGUUACCAACGCUUCCGGUAUGGCCGAAUCACGUGCCAUCCUCUCCGUUACUCAACGUCCAUCCAUUGAGCAAACUUCCCAACACCCCAGCAGUUUGGAGUACAUCAGCAACUUGGAAGACUAUUCGCGUUACCAACGCCAAGAGAGCACUGAAGAGUUCAUGAAACAGGCUCCAGUCUUCAUCAGGCCCCUUCACGACUUGGGAGAUCUCGAGGAGGGCAAGAACGCUCACUUCGAGGCCCAAGUUAACCCUGUAAACGAUCCCACCAUGCGUGUAGAGUGGUACAAGGAUGGUCGCCCCAUUACUGCCAGCUCACGCAUCACCGCUAUCUUCAACUUCGGUUAUGUAUCGCUUAAUAUUUUGCAUUUGCGCGCCGAAGAUACCGGCACCUAUACCGUUCGUGCCGUCAACAGCAUGGGCGAAGCCGUUAGCAAUUCCAACAUUCGCGUAAAUGUUCGAUCUCAAGUAACCGCUGAUUUGGGUAUUCCAGAGCAGCAGCGAUACAUUGAAAAGGUAGAAGAGUUGGAGGACUACAGAAUGGCCCAGAAGCGUCGCCAUACCCAGGAAGUUCCUGAGCCCAUUGCUCCUCCCCAAUUCAAGACCCAAAUUCAAAAUCAAGUCGAUAUGCGUGAAGGUGGACAUGCCCACUUUGAAGCUCGCCUCGAACCAACUGGUGACUCCACCAUGCGUAUUGAAUGGUACAAGGAUGGCCAGCCCUUGGAAGCUAGCUCUCGCAGCACCACCUUCUUCAACUUUGGCUAUGUUGCCCUUACCAUCAAGCAAUUGACCAUCUAUGAUGCCGGUACCUAUACCUGCCGUGCUUACAAUGCAAUGGGUGAGGAUACCACCACAGCCCAAUUGACUGUUAUCUCCAAACACGAGAUCGUCUCGGAUUCUCAACAUCCCGGUGGCUUGCAGAAGAUCCAACACUUGGAAGACUCUUCCCGCUAUGGUCGUAGUGAAGAGGAAGAGGUCACCGUGAAGCAAGCCCCACGUUUCUUGGGUCCCAUGAAGGGCACUAACAAAAUCAUUGAAGGUCAAAAGGCUCACUUUGAGGCAAGAGUUGAACCUCAAAGCGAUUUGACCAUGAGCAUUGAGUGGUAUCACAAUGGCCAACCCAUCACCGCUGCCACUCGUAUCCAGCCCUACUACGACUUCGGUUACGUAGCUUUGGAUAUUACCCAAGUUCGUGCUGAGGAUGCUGGUGUCUACACCGUGGUGGCCCGCAAUAAGCUAGGUGAAGCCCAAUUGCAAGGAACAAUGGUCGUUGAAACUCGUUCCAGCAUUGAUACAUCUAGCAUGCACCGUGGCCUCUAUGAGAAGACCCAACACUUGGAGAACAAGCAAUUCGUAGAACCUCAAUAUGACAUCGAGGAAAUCUCCAAAUCUAAGCCCAUUUUCGUUCAACCUUUGUCCGAUCCCAAACCAUUGCAUGAGGGCAAGAAUAUUCAUUUGGAAUGCCGUCUAGAACCUAUGGGUGAUCCCACCAUGCGUGUUGAAUGGUUCCACAAUGGCCGUCCCAUUACUGUAGGUUCCCGUUUCCGUACCUACUACGACUUUGGUUUCGUAGCCUUGGACAUUAUCCAAGCCACCGCCUCGGAUUCCGGCGAAUACACCUGCCGCGCUACCAACCACUUGGGUAGUGCCCACACCUCGGCAUGUGUUCGCGUUAUUGAUCGCUCCGACAUUGUAACUGAAACCCAAAAUGAAAUGUCAUUGGAGCACAUUCAUCAACUGGAAGAAGCAUCCCGCCGUCACUACACCGGCGAAGAGGAUAUCACCAUUAUGCAAGCUCCUCAAUUCACCAGGCCUCUACACAACAUUGAGACCAUGGAGGGUACCAAUGUCCAUUUGGAAUGCCGUCUUCAGCCAGUUGGUGAUCCAAGCAUGCGCAUCGAAUGGUUUGUCAAUGGCCAACCUCUUAAGACCGGCCAUCGUUUCCGCCCAGCCUAUGAAUUCGAUUAUGUAGCCCUGGAUUUGUUGGGUUGCUAUGCCGCAGAUUCUGGUGUCUACACCUGCCAGGCCAGAAACCAAUUGGGCGAAGCUGUUACCUCUUGCUCCGUGCGCAUUGUGGCCAAGAGCGAUUUAAUUAUGGAAACCCAAAACGAGUCCGGCCUUCAAAAGAUUGCCUAUCUCGAAGACUCCUCUCGUUAUCGCCGCAGCGAAUAUAUUGACGAGGAAAUCGUUACCAUUCCUCCUCGUUUCUUGACCCACCCCAAGAGCCUCACUAAUACCCGUGAAGGUGGCCGUGCUCAUUUCGAGUGUAAAAUCGAACCAGUUACUGACCCCAAUUUGAAGGUCGAAUGGUUCAAGAACGGUCGUCCUAUCACUGUGGGUCACCGUUUCCGUCCAAUUCAUGACUUUGGCUAUGUAGCCUUGGAUAUUGUUGAUCUUAUUGCCGAGGAUUCAGGUGUGUACACCUGCCGUGCCGUCAAUGCCAUUGGUUCCGAUGAAACUCAGGUUGAGCUAUUGUGUCGCAGCUCUGAACAAAUUGUUACCGUUACUCAAAAUGAAACCGGUCUGCAACAAAUCCAUCAUUUGGAAGAUCGCUCCCGUUAUUCUCGUCGCGAAGAAAUCGACGAAACAACCAAGCAGGCCCCAGUCUUCACCACGUCUCUAAAGAAUGUGGAGAUUAAGGAAAAUCAACGCGCUCACUUCGAGUGCCGUUUGAUUCCCGUUUCGGAUCCCUCGAUGCGCGUCGAAUGGUACCACAAUAACAUGCCAUUGAAAUCGGGAUCCCGCUUUACCGAAACCAACAACUUCGGUUUUGUCGCUUUGGAUAUUAUGUCCUGCUUGCCCGAAGACGCUGGCACCUAUACCUGCCGUGCCUACAAUGCCAUCGGUGAGGCCAUAACCUCAGCUGUAGCCAUUGUUCAUACCAAGAAGGCCAUCUACUCGGAAUCGCAGCACGAAAGCGCCCUUCCUCGCUUGCAACAUUUGGAGGAAUCUACAAAGCGCCAACGCAUGAGUGCCCAAGAAGAAUUCAUCACUCAAGCACCAGUCUUUACACUGCCCGUGCGUGAUUCCCGUGUAGCAGAAGGUCAAGCCGUCCACUUCGAGGCCCGCCUCAUCCCAGUUGGUGAUCCCAAUUUGAAGGUCGAAUGGUUGCGCAAUGGUCAACCCAUUGAAGCUUCCAACCGCAUUACCACAAUGCAUGACUUUGGCUAUGUUGCUCUCAACAUGAAAUAUGUCAAUCCUGAAGAUUCCGGCACCUACACCUGCCGGGCCACCAACGAACUCGGCCAAGCUGUUACUUCAGCAUCUUUGAUUGUCCAAUCGAAAACUUCCAUUCAAAUGGAAACUCAACAUGAAGCUGCCAUGCAUAAGAUCCACCAAUUGGAAGACCACACUCGUUAUCAACGUCGUGAGGAGGAAGAAUAUGUUGUCACCCAGGCUCCCAGAUUUGUCACCAAACUCAUUGGCCCCACAAAUUUGGUUGAAGGCCAAAGCGCUCACUAUGAAUGCCGCAUUGAACCAUAUCCCGAUCCUAACCUCAAGGUUGAAUGGUUCCACAAUGGCAAGCCCUUGAACACUGGUCAUCGUUUCCGCACUACCUAUGAUUUCGGUUUUGCCGCUCUCGACAUAUUGACCGUCUACGCUGAGGACAGCGGUGAAUACACCUGCCGCGUCACCAACAAUUUGGGCGAAGCAGUCAAUUCAAUUGUCUUGAAUGUCCAAUCCCGCUCGGGCAUUAGCCACGAAACUCAACACGAAGAAGCCCUGGAAAAGAUCCACCACUUGGAAGAUGCUUCCCGUUAUCAACGUCGCGUUGAAGAGGAAACUUACAUGGCCGAAAGACCACAAUUCGGUCGUCCAUUGCGCAAUGUCAAUACCAACGAAGGCAAGCCUGUCCAUAUGGAGGCCACUCUUACCCCCGUCAAUGAUCCCACCAUGAAGGUGGAAUGGUACUGCAAUGGUGUACCCAUUCAGACUGGCCAUCGUUUCAAGACCACAUACGAUUUCGGUUUCGUAGCCUUGGAUAUCUUGUAUGCCCAUGCCGAAGACACCGGUACUUACAUGUGCAAGGCAAAGAAUGCUGUAGGGGAAGCUGUAACGACUUGUGCUGUAAACGUAACAGCAAACAAGACAUUGGACCUCGACACUCUCGAUGCUGAGCGCUUGGAAAAGAUUCGCCAACUGGAGACACAUGCCGCUCCCAAGAAGGUCGAAGUAGAAGAAAAGGGCCAGAAACCCAUUUUCCUAACUCCACUCAGCAAUCUGGAACAUCUUAAGGAAGGCGAACACGCUCACUUGGAGUGCCGCGUCGAGCCAAUCAAUGACCCUAACUUGAAGAUUGAAUGGUUCUGCAAUGGCAAGCAAUUGCCGCUGGGCCAUCGUUAUAGAACCACCCACGACUUCGGCUACGUUGCCUUGGACAUUCUCUAUGUCUAUGGUGAAGAUACCGGCACCUACAUGUGCAAGGCCACCAAUUUCCUAGGCGAAGCUGUCAACACUUGCAAUGUGCGCGUGUUGAACCGCCGCAGCAUGAUCUUGGACACUCAACAUCCCGAUGCCUUGGAGAAAAUCCAAAAAUUGGAAUCCAAGGUACCUGUACGUCGCACUGAAAUAAGCGAUCAACCUAUUAGCCCACCUCACUUCAGCGUUGAGUUGCGUGGCAGCACCGAAAUUUAUGAAGGUGAAACUGCCCACUUUGAAGCCCAAGUGCAACCUGUGCACGAUCCCAAUUUGCGCAUUGAAUUCUAUCACAAUGGCAAACCUUUGCCCUCGGCCUCUCGUUUCCAUAUCACAUUCGAUUUCGGCUACGUGGCCUUGGAUAUUACCCACGCAGUGGCUGAGGAUGCUGGUGAAUAUUCGGUACGUGCUGUCAAUGCUCUUGGCCAGUGCGUAUCUUCCACCAACUUGCGCGUCAUUGCCCGUGGCACAAUCAUCAUGGAUACUCAACAUCCCGAAGGUUUGGAGAAGAUCCGUAAAUUGGAAUCGACUGCUCCCUUCCAACGUCCAGAAUUGGAGACACCUGGUACCAGACAACGUCCAGUAUUUACCCAACCCUUGCAGAAUAUCGAUCGCAUUAACGAGCACCAGACCGCUCACUUCGAAUGCCGUCUCAUCCCUGUUGGUGAUCCCAACCUCAAGGUGGAGUGGUACCGCAACGAAAAGAUCAUUGAGGACAGCUCUCGCAUCACCAAACAACACGAUUUCGGCUAUGUUUCCUUGGACAUUUCUCACAUUCGCAAAGAAGACGAAGGUGUUUACAUGUGCCGCGCCGUCAAUCCCUUGGGCGAGGCUGUCACCACCGCUUCUAUGCGUGUUGUUACUGAGGCUAGUAUUCAAAUGGAUACUCAACAUCCAGACAGUAUCAGCCGCAUCCAUCAAUUGGAGCGUCCACCAGCACCUCGCCCCGUCGAGCCUGAGCGUGCAUUCGAAAAGCCCAUUUUCACCCAAUUGCUUACCGGUCCAUCGGAGGUAUGGGAAGGCCAACAUGCCCACUUUGAAGCUCGUGUGGUGCCAGUUGGUGAUCCAUCAUUGAAAUUCCAAUGGUUCAUCAAUGGCGUAGAGUUGCAAAUGGGCUCUCGCUUGAGAACAUCUAACGACUUCGGUUUCGUUACCCUUGACAUCAGCUCCAUUGUUCCUGAAGAUGCUGGUGUCUACAUGUGCCGUGCCUACAACGCUGCCGGUGAAGCUGUUUCUUCAACUGCUAUGAAGGUCAAGACUAAGGCCAAUAUUGCCGGUGAACCCUUGAUUCCUGAAUCAUGGGAAGCCAUCCGCUUGAAGGAAGCCUCCAUGAACCGUGUUCCCGAAAUGUUUGUUGACACUACACCACAACAAGCUCCAGUCUUCACCACCCAUUUGCAGAGCUACGACAAGCUGAGCGAAGGCCAACAUGUCCUUCUUGAAGCUCAAGUUGAACCUCGUGCCGAUCCCAACUUGCGUAUUGAAUGGUUCAAGAAUGGUAUUUCCCUAACCACUGGUGCCCGCAUUCGCAGUACCUUUGACUUCGGUUUGGUCACCUUGUCCAUCAAUGGCUUGCGUGCCGACGAUUCUGCUAUUUACACUUGCAAGGCCACCAACCAAAUUGGCGAAGCCGUUUCCACUUGUUCCCUCAAGAUUGAGGAUCGUCAUUGGUUGCAAGCCGAAUCUUUGCAUCCUGAUUCUUUGCCACGCAUUGGUGAAUUGGAAGCACCCAAACCAGGUCGCCCAGAGGCCGCAGAACCUGUCUACGAGACUCCCGUCUUCAUUACCCAUUUGAACAACAUUGAAUGCAAGGAGGGCGAUAAUGGACGCUUCGAGUGCAACGUUGAACCAUCACGCGAUCCUACCAUGCAAAUUGAAUGGUUCUACAAUGGCCAACCUUUGCAGGCCGCUGCCAAAUUCAAGUCCAUCUACGAUUUCGGCUACUGUGCCAUGGACAUGUCCAACUUGUAUGCUGAGAACAGCGGCAUCUACACUUGCAAGGCCACCAACAGCAAGGGAUCAGCCACCACAUCGGGUACCUUGAAAUGUACCAGUGGCAAAAUUAUGUUCCUCGAUACCCAACAUCCUCAAGGUGAGGCUGGUAUGGAGGCCAUCAAGGAAACCGAAGAAGAAUUGGCCAAUCGCUACAACCGCGAGGUUGUUAAGCCCGAAACCCAAUACCCCGCUCCCGUCUGGACUAGACCUUUGCAGGCUGAGUUCCAUUUGUCGGAAGCUCAAGCAUUGCACUUGGAGGGUAAUGUGGAACCAAAGGAAGAUCCAAAUCUCUUCAUUGAAUGGUACUUCAACGGCAAGUUGUUGCAACACGGAUCUCGCUUCAAGAUGACCAGUGAAUUCGGUUUCGUUACCUUGGAUCUGAUUGAAGUUUAUGCCCGUGACCAGGGUAUUUACACUUGCAAGGCCUACAACAAGGCAGGUGAAGCCUUUACUUCGACCACCAUCUUCUGCGACACCAAGGAAAGCAUCAUCGAAAAGACCCAACAUCCUAAGGGUGCUGAAGGUCUGGAACAAAUUCAAGACUUGGAAGAAUCUUUGCGCAAGGAUGGCAGCAGACCCGAUAAGGAAGAAGAAGGUAUGGCUCCACGCUUCACCACCGAAUUUACCAACAUUGCCGACAUCGGCGAAGGUGAAAUUGCUCAUUACGAAGCCAAUCUCAUUCCAACCGGAGAUCAAAGCAUGGUCAUUGAAUGGUUCUUCAAUGGCAAGGUCUUGGAGGCCAGUCAUCGUGUACGCACCAUUUAUGCCUUUGGCAUGGUCGCUUUGGAAAUUUUGGGUACCAAGAUUGAAGACAGCGGUACGUACACUUGCCGUGCUACCAAUAAAUAUGGCUCUGCCGAAAUUAGCUGCACUCUUGAGUGUGUUGAGAAACCACGUGGCCAGAAACCCGUUUUCACCACCCACAUUAAAUCCGUGGAGGGUCUUAAGGAUGGCCAAUCCGCUCACUUCGAAUGCACCCUCAUCCCAGUCAACGAUCCCGACCUUAAAGUUGAGUGGUAUCACAACGGCAAGCUCAUGCGUCACUCGAACCGCAUCAAGACCGUUUCCGAUUUCGGCUACGUCGUCUUGGAUAUUUCCUACUUGCAGGAUCAUGAUAGCGGCGAAUAUGUGUGCCGUGCCUACAACAAAUACGGUGAAGACUUUACUCGUGCCACACUCAACUGCCGUGGUCGUGGUGGUGUCUUCUAUGACAGCUUGCAACCUGAUUCCUUGCAAAGAAUCCGCGAAUUGGAAUGUCCUCAAGGCCAAGAAGUGCCUUCAACUCCCGUUGUUGCCGAACCACCCAAGUUCAUUACACAAAUCACCGAUGUCACCAAGUUGGUUGAGGGUCAAAGUGCUCACUUUGAGGCCCGCCUUACACCUAUUACCGACCCCGACCUCAAGGUUGAAUGGUACUUCAAUGGCAAGAAAUUGCCUCAUGGCCAUCGUUUCCGUACCUUCCACGAUUUCGGUAUUGUUAUCUUGGAUAUUUUGUAUUGUUAUGAGGAGAAUUCUGGUGUUUACGAAUGCCGUGCCGUCAACAAAUAUGGUGAAGAUGUAACCAGGGCUACAUUGAAGUGCACCUCGAAGGCCAACCUGAUUUUGGACUCGCAAUUGCCUCGUGGCAUGGAAGGUGGUUUGGAGAAGAUUGCCAAUCUGGAAUACAGUAUGGUACGCACUCGUGACGAAACUGUCGAAGAGAGCAGAGGCAAGGCCCCCGUGUUCACAGUACCCUUGGAGAACAUCGACAAUAUGCGCGAAGGUGAAAACGCUCACUUUGAGGCCCGUGUUACACCCACUGAUGAUCCUAAACUACGCGUCGAAUGGUUCUGGAACGGCCGUCCUCUUAAGGCUGGUUCCCGCUUCCGUACAUUCUGCGACUUUGGCUUUGUCAUCUUGGAAAUUUCUCCUGUCUACCCCGAAGAUUCGGGUGAAUACUCUUGCCGUGCCAUUAAUGAAUAUGGUGAGGCUGUGACCACUGCCAUCAUGAAGAUUCAAGGCAAACGCAGUAUCAUCAUGGAAUCCCAAUUGCCAAAGGGCAUGGAGGGCACCAUUGAUCGCAUUGCCGAACUGGAAGGUUUGGGUUCUCGCAGCACUGAAUUUGUACCCGACGAUGAUACUGGCAAGCCACCAGAAUUUAUCACCACACCCUUCGACAUGGUCAUCAAUGAGAAUCAAUUGGCCCACUUCGAAUGUCGUCUGCAGCCGAUCAACGAUCCCAGCAUGCGUGUUGACUGGUUCCACAACGGCAAGGCCUUGUGGUCUGGCUCUCGCAUUAAGACCAUCAACGACUUUGGUUUCGUUAUUUUGGAAAUUGCCGGUUGCUACCAACGCGACAGUGGUCUUUACACCUGUAAGGCCACCAACAAGCACGGUGAAGCUACUGUGUCCUGCAAAUUGCAAGUCAAGGGCCGCCAAGGUAUUGUCAUGGAGCCCCAAUUGCCAUCCAACUUCCGUACUGGCACUGAGAGCUUGCAGAAACUCGAAGAGAACAUGCACAAACGUGAAGAGAUGGUCAUCGAUGAAGAACAACCCAACCCACCCAGAUUCACUGAAGACAUCAAGGAUAACUUGGAUGUCCAGGAAGGUGGUCCCAUUCACUUCGAUUGCCGCGUUGAACCCGUUGGUGAUCCAACAAUGCGCAUCGAUUGGUUCUACAAUGGACGUCCUUUGGCCACCGGUUCCAGAGUGCAUCAACUCAAUGACUUUGGCUUCAUUGCUUUGGACAUUGACUAUAUCUAUGCUCGUGAUUCUGGUGAAUAUACCUGCCGUGCCACCAACAAAUGGGGCACUGCCACCACCACUGCCAAGGUCACAUGCAAGGGCAAGAGCAAUAUCGUUUACGAUACACAAUUGCCUGACGGCAUGACCGCUCAAAAAUUGAAGGAAUUGGAACAAGGACGUAUUCCCGACGCACCCAAAGAAGAGGAAGUAGAUUUCGGACCACCAGUCUUUGUUACCGAAAUUGCCUCCACCACUGUCGAAGAAGCUGAAGCUGUACGUUUCGAAUGUCAAGUAGAACCUAAGAAUGAUCCCAACUUGCGCGUCGAAUGGUAUCGCAAUGGUAAAUUGCUGCCAUCGGGCCACAGAUAUAGGAACAUUUUCGAUAUGGGCUUCGUAUCAUUGGAUAUUUUGUAUGUCUAUGCCGAAGAUUCGGGUGAAUAUGUUUGCCGCGCCUACAACAAGCACGGUGAGGCACGUACCUCGGCUACAGUGUCAUGCAAGAAAUUGCCAUCAAUUAUGUUGCAAAAUCAAGUGCCACGCGGCAUGAAGCGUUCCGAAACUCUAACACAAAUGGAGGCUACCAUUAAGAAAUAUACUUCUGAGGUACAUUUGACCGAAGAUGAUCUCUUCGAUCCGGAUCGCAAGCAGCCACCUCGUUUUGUCACCCAAAUUAAGGAUCAAACAUCGUUGACGGAAAUGAGUAAGACCAAAUUCGAAUGUCAAUUGGCGCCAGUUGGUGAUCCCAACAUGAAGGUGGAAUGGUUCUUCAAUGGCAAACCAUUGUUGUACAAGAACCGUUUCCAACCAAUUUACGAUUUCGGCUAUGUUGCCAUGAACUUUGGCUGGGUCUAUCCCGAAGAUAGCGGUGAAUAUGUAUGCAGGGCCACCAAUUUGUAUGGCAAAGAUGAGACCAGGGCUGUUAUUAAGGUAGCUGGCAAACCAGGCAUUGUUUAUGAUUCCCAAUUGCCAGCCCAUAUGCACAGCAUUGAUCGUAUCCGUGAAAUGGAAGCCUCGUGGCAAGUUGUUCCCGAGGAAGUUGAUCCUGAUGCCAAGGCUAGAUGUAAACCCACGUUUGUUAGCAAACUGGAACCACAGACCGUUGAAGAGGGCGAACCUGCUAGAUUCUGUGUGCGUGUAACUGGCCAUCCUAGACCCAGAGUUAUGUGGUUGAUCAAUGGUCAUACAGUUGUAUCUGGUUCACGUUACAAGCUCACAAACGAUGGAAUGUUCCAUUUGGAUAUUCCAAAGACACGUCAAUACGAUACCGGUAAAGUCGAAGUAAUUGCUCGUAAUUCUGUUGGCGAAUCUAUUGCCUCAACCGAAUUGAAUGUUGUGGCACGUUCCGAUGAUUUCCGUGGCGUUCUUAAGAAUUCACCACGUCCUUGGUAUGAUUAUGAACUAACGGCCUAUCAAAAGGAACGCAAAGAAAACGAAUUGGAAAAGGUGUUCGAUGAACGCAAACAAUAUUUGGCCGAGCAAAGUGGCACCACUUUGAAGGGUGUUGAACAUCUCAAACCCAAACAAUACAAACCUGAAGCUCCCGAAUGGCAACAGACUGUGCGCAAGAAGAAGACCGAAGAUUAUUACAAUAAAUUGCAGGAGCUCGACACUGAACUUCUGUUGAAGGAAACUAAUUUGCGCAAGGAUAAUCAUCAAUAUGCUAUUCCUGGCGAGAAAAUUGUUAGCAGUUCACAAGCCAAGGGUAUGGCUCAGUCCUAUGAGGAGAAUUUGUAAG